UUUUUUGCCUAGAAUUUACCUUUUUUGGUCUAAGACUAGGUAAACGAUCUGGAUGUUAGAGUAACGGUACGCUUCUCUUAGAAAAAAAAAGCGUUUCUCCCCGGCAAAGCGUUAUGCCUUAACUUUUCUGUACCUGCGCAGGUAACAUAGGUGCGCUGCACUUUACAAGCGAAUGCUUUCUUAAGGAUAUGAUUCCUUUUAAUAUGGUGCGUUUGAUUAGACUGAAAUUAUUUCAGAUGACGAAAAACAGCGUAUUUUUAUGGUGUAGUGCAAGAUACACAAUAAAAUAAUUAUUGCCAAACCAUAUCAACUUUUACUCCUAAUUUUUAUGUUUUUUGCUGUUCUUACUAUAGUCCCUGUAGAUUUGGUCUAAAAUUAGGCUUUGUAGGUAUUUACUGCACCGGUUACGUUUCAAAACAUAGCACAUAUUGACAGCGGCGUACUCUGUUAUGACACAAAUCGGUAUUUUUCAGAGUAAAAAAAUCUGUAAGAUUUGUACUAUAUUUCAUUAAUUUUCACAAGACCACAACUCGCAUGGUUUUUGUUAGCAUUCGUGUUUGUUUUUCCAGUCACGCUUCGUUUCCCAUUGUAAUACAAUCACACAGGCUGAAGCCAAGUCAACAUGAUGAGAUCCUCUUAAAUUUACAACACUGAUUCAACGCUGAAAUUUAUAUCGUGAUUAAUUUUCACCCCGCGCCGAGCACAAUUUACUAGACAAGAACUCGACACAGACAAUAUCCAGGCAUGAGAAGUUCUCGGUUUGCCUAUGGCUCGCUGGUAUGCAUUGCACAACUCUUCCGUGCGCACUGCAUCCUCUGCGAUUCUUGCUGUAAUCCUGGAGUAAGGUUACAAAGUAAAAAAGAAAACAGUUGUUGCUAAAUCAGCAAAUGUAAUUUGUCAAGCUGUGCAAUAGAAACUGUCCUAAAAUGCCCUGCGUAAAAUGUAGUAGAAAAACAGUAAUCACGUAAAUUGACUUCUAAAUCCUAUGCCAGUAUUUGUAUAGUAACAAUGACUCUAACAAACACAACUGUAACAAUACAAAUAUAUUUUAAAAACACCAUCAUGCUAUAUAUAAAUCUCGUAGUCUACGUAAAUCUUGAAACCGUGGACUAUCUGUUAUGUAAAUGCAUGACCUGCCGGACAAACCUCACAGUUUAGGAAUAUUUAUUUCUUACUCAAAAUGAUCAGUGCAAGGGGAAAACUCUUUCUCUUCAGUCACUCAUAGAUAUAUUUGCAAAGUUCCUACCAUAUUUAAUAUAAAUUUCCCUGAUAAAACUAUAAUAUUAAUACCUACACUUGUAAUAUCAAUACAUAUGUAAAAAUGCAGAACUGUCAGAAUAGAUAACGAGAGCAAUAGUUAACUGUUUUAGUUAUCACUGCAGACAAACACACAGUAGUCACGUCUGUGAUACCAUUACUAAAGAAAUGUGUUGGUCAAAUUCAGUUUAAAAUAUGUAUAGACUCAACUGCAGGGUCAUAUUUAAGUUCACAGUUUUAAGACAGCCUUCCUUCCAUAGGCAGACUAGGGCAUUGUGGCUCACACUGAAGGUGCAAUUCUGUCUCCCCCCAUAGCCUCUCCCGUUGUCUUAUGUCGCUUGCAUUAACACCACCCUCGUCACUAGCAUUAAAUGACCAAGUGUAUAUUCAAGCAAAAAUCCCUUCUCGCAUGUAGCGCGUCUAAGUGAAUCCAUUCUAACGAUAUUGAGCCUGCGUGCUGCUGAUUCAAGGAGUCGAGUUCAUGCGAACUGCCAUCUGAUCCAGUCUUAUCAAUGAAGCAGCUGAUCAUGGCGGAUGGCCCCAGGUGUAAGAGGCGAAAACAAGCCAACCCAAGACGGAAAAACGCAGUCUUGAACUAUGAGAACGUAGUGGAGACCGGUUCUGAGACGGAGGAGGACGACAAGCUGCUGGUGUCCGAAGAGGACGGCCUGCUGAACGGCGCAGCCAGCCCUUCCAGCGUGGCCAAUCACGACGCCGGAUCCCCGCUGGCUGGCCACGCCCUGCUGACCAAGCACGAGGACGACGACGACGACGACAUGAGGGACAGCGGGGUCGACCACGUCUGGCACGAGAGCGACAUGCUGCGAGCCUCCGUCGACGGUACUGAUGAAAUGAAAGAUGACUUUGACACUAUGGGACCUGACGCCACUCUUCAGACAGUUGGAAACGGUACAGUUAAGAAUGUUGAUUGCACUUCAGACUUCGAGGAGUUCUUUGCCAAACGCAAGCUGGACGACAGCGAGAGCCACGUGGUCAGUAUAGCCGAGUACCUCCAGCGUGGCGACACGGCCAUCAUUUACCCAGAAGCCCCCGAGGAGCUGUCCCGCCUGGGCACGCCCGAAGCCAACGGGCAGGAGGAGAAUGACUUACCACCUGGAACUCCAGAUGCUUUCGCGCAACUGCUGACCUGCCCUUACUGCGACCGGGGCUACAAGCGCUUGACAUCGCUUAAGGAGCACAUCAAGUACCGCCAUGAGAAGAACGAGGAGAACUUCGCCUGCCCCCUGUGCAACUACACGUUUGCUUACCGCACCCAGCUCGAGCGGCAUAUGGCCACGCACAAGCCAGGACGAGAUCAGCACCAACUGCUGAACCAGGGGGCUGGCAACCGCAAGUUCAAAUGCACGGAGUGUGGCAAGGCCUUCAAAUACAAGCACCAUCUGAAGGAGCACCUGCGGAUUCACAGUGGUGAAAAACCGUACGAAUGCCCGAACUGCAAGAAGCGCUUCUCUCACUCGGGCUCCUACAGCUCCCACAUCAGCAGCAAGAAAUGCAUCGGCCUGAUUACGGUCAACGGCAGGAUGCGCAACAACAUGAAGACGGGCUCCUCGCCCACGUCCGCCUCCUCCUCCCCGACCAACAGCGCCAUCACCCAGCUGCGACACAAGCUGGAGAACGGCAAGCCUCUGGGCCUCCAGGACCAGUCCAACCACAUGAACAUCAAGACUGAACCACUGGACUUCAACGACUACAAGAUGAUGAUGGCCUCGCACGGCUUCGGCGGACCCGGUCCCUUCAUGAACGGAGGGAUGGGGGGCGGAAGCCCGCUGGGGGUCCACAACUCGGCCCAGAGCCCGAUGCAGCACCUGGGAAUGAGCAUGGAGGCGCAGCUGCUUGGCUUCCCCCAUCUGGGGAACAACCUGAGCGAGGUGCAGAAGGUGCUCCAGAUUGUCGACAACACUGUGUGCAGGCAGAAGAUGGACUGCAAACCUGAGGACAUCUCCAAGCUGAAGGCGUACAUGAAGGACCUCAGCGCUCAGAUGGAGGAACAGAAGCAGUCGCUGGCUUCUGCCGGUGCCCAGCAGGGGGGCCUGCCGGUGGUCAACCACAACGGGGCCACUAAAAGCAUCAUCGAUUACACGUUGGAGAAGGUGAACGAAGCCAAAGCUUGCCUCCAGAGCUUGACGACAGACUCAAAGAGACAAUUUAGCAAUAUCAAAAAGGAGAAAUCGAAUCACACAGUAGACUUAGGUACAGAAGAGAAGAAGCAUAGCGAGAAUAACUUAAUGUUUACACCCUUCUCUUGCCAAUACUGCAAAGAGGCCUUCCAAGGUCCUAUACCUCUGCAUCAGCAUGAGCGAUACAUGUGCAAGAUGAACGAGGAGAUCAAGGCGGUCCUCCAGCCCAGUGAGAACCUGACAUCCAACAAACAAGGGAUGUUUGCAGAGAAGCACGCUUUGCUGCUCUCCUCUAUCAUCGCAGAGAAGGCCAUGACAGGACCCAUCAAUCCAUACAAGGACCACAUGUCUGUUCUCAAGGCAUACUUCGCCAUGAACACAGAGCCGAACUCCGAGGAGCUUCUGAAGAUCUCCAUCGCCGUCGGUCUCCCUCAGGAAUUUGUGAAGGAGUGGUUUGAGCAGAGGAAAAUGUACCAGUACGGAAAUGCCAGGACAUCUCCCUUGGACAGGGGCAACAUGGAGGUGGGUCUGCCCCCUACCCACCACACCCUGAUUAAAGACUCCAUGGCCGCCAGGUCCCCGGUGUCCCUGGUCAAGCCGCACGACCAUAUCACGUCACCCUCUCUAGCGGAGUUCCACAACAACAUCAACAAUUGUGACACUCCCCUCAGGCUCUCGAAAACCGCCCAGUUUACCGGAACCAAACAGAUGGCGGAGAAGUUGAACCACUCCAGGAGCAACACUCCAUCCCCCUUGAACCUCUCUUCUGCAUCUUCAAAAAACUCCCACAGCAGCUCGUACACGCCAAACAGCUUCACGUCCGAGGACCUUCAGGCCGAGCCACUGGACCUAUCACUGCCAAGACUAAUGAGGGAAUCCAAGCACGUCCUGUCCAUGAAAAGCCAACACAAACCCAACAGCGUCCCCAUCGACCACAACAACCUCUCCUCCCCCCGAGAGCACUUCGAGGAGCCCUUGAACUUGGCUUACCUGUCCAAGAAGGACUUUGCUAUCUCCAAUGGCAACGGCAACAACAACGGCAACCAUGACAAAAGCACUAGCCACAUGUUUGCCAUGAACCCUUUCAGUGCCAAACCUAUGUACACAUCCCUACCGCCACAGAGUGCGUUUCCACCACCCACCUUCAUGCCCCCGGUCCAGGCCAGCAUACCAGGCCUGAGGCCGUACCCAGGGCUCGAUCAGAUGGGGUUCCUUCCACACAUGGCCUACACUUACGCCGCGGGGGCUGCCACCUUUGCUGAGAUGCAACAGAGACGAAAGUAUCAGCGAAAGCAAGGCUUCCAGGGGGAGCUGCUUGACGGAACAGCAGAAUAUCUGUCAGGCCUGGACGACAUGACAGACUCAGACUCCUGUCUGUCCCGGAGGAAGAUUAAGAAGACAGAAAGUGGUAUGUACGCGUGUGACUUGUGCGACAAAACAUUCCAGAAGAGCAGUUCCCUCCUAAGACACAAAUAUGAGCACACAGGUAAACGACCACACCAGUGUCAAAUCUGCAAGAAAGCAUUCAAACACAAGCACCACCUGAUCGAACAUUCGAGACUGCACUCGGGCGAGAAGCCCUACCAGUGCGACAAAUGCGGCAAGCGCUUCUCGCACUCGGGCUCGUACUCGCAGCACAUGAACCACCGCUACUCCUACUGCAAGCGGGAGGCCGAGGAGCGGGAGGCGGCGGAGCGGGAGGCCAGGGAGAAGGGCCACCUGGAGCCCACGGAGCUGCUCAUGAAUCGGGCAUACUUGCAGGGCAUCACCCCUCAGGGCUACCCUGACCUGGAGGAUCGGGAAAGGGAGCGGGAACGGGAGCGGGAGCGCGAACGGGACGCCCUCCUGCGCGAGAGCAUGAACGGAGGAGGCAUGAGAGAACGGCCAAAGGAAGUCGACGGAACGUACGCGAAGAUCGGACGGCGAGAGGACGAGUUUGAGGAGGAAGAGGAAGAGAGUGAGAACAAGAGCAUGGACACGGAUCCAGACACGUUGAGGGACGAGGAAGAGAACGGAGAGCACUCCAUGGACGACAGUUCGGUUGACGGGAAAACAGAAACCAAAUCUGAUCACGAGGACAACAUGGAGGACGGCAUGUAAUAAAACUACUGCAUUCAAAAGCUUCCCAUGUCUUUCCCCCCAUCCCAUUCUGUUCUGAUCAUUAUUUUUUAUUUUUUUUCCAAGAACCUGCUUGAUUUUAUUUCAAAACACGCUGCUGUGUUGAGGCUGUACAUGCACGUGCCUGAAGCUUCUGGGAAGCUUGUAUUGAAGGACUCAAAAAGGGGGAGGGCGGCAAAUCUGCCCUCACACACUGAUCAGACGUCAGAACUGGGUGGGCGUGGGGUUGGGAAGGGAGUUGUGUAAGAAGCUGCAUUAUGCAAAAAGAAUAAAAAAAAUGAAUAAAUAAAAUACAUUUUAAAAGUUGUACAGUAUUAAGGCCUAAAACUAUGUGCGGUGCUAACAUCCUAAAAAAACCCUGUGUUCCAUAGUAUUUAUAGCACAAACUAGUAACUUGUACAAAUUGCACUCUGCUUCUAUAAUCACUUCUAAAAUAAUAAAAAAUUAUUGCCUAUGUAUAUUUAUACAGUGUUGAGAAAAAAAAAAGAAUCUGUGGUUUCCCCACUACAGUCAUCAGUAUUGUUACUUAUCUUUGACUUAAUAUGUUGUCUAUGGUUUUGCCCUGUCGUCUGGCCAGUUAGCCACACACGUAGGCCUCAGUAUUUCUUUAUGUGAAGGAACUUCCCACAUACCUGCGUGGUUUCAAGGUAUUGAAGUCUUAACUAGACGGUGUCGAGAAAGUGGAAUGGGCUGGAGACUAAAUGAAGGACAAAAGAUGUGAACAAAGAAGGAGAAAGCCUUUGUAAGGUGUUUUUAUUAAAAAGCCUUAUAUGCAAACCUUUUAAUCUGUGUGUUUUCUGCAAGUGCCAUCCUUGUAUAGAGUAAAAGGAAGGUGACCUGUGUUACCUUUUUCACCAGCUUCAGUAUUAAAAAAGAGAAAUAGUCCACCCUAUUCUUUGGAGAACCCAUAACAGUAUUAGAAGAAUAGGUAACGGUUCCUUAGUUUACAUAUGUUUGUGCAAUUUUCUGUAUUUUUUUCCUUAACUUUUUGUCAGUAUUACACCAAACCAUUUGCAACAACAAUUUGCAUUCAUUUUAUUUGUAGGUUAAAUAACAUUUAUUUAUGUGGCCCAUUUUGUAUUUCCUCAUUUUAUUUAUUUCAUACUGUAGUGUACAGUAUUAUAGUUCUUCGAUAUAUAGAUAUAUUUUAGUAAAAAGGAACAUGGCGUUGAUCAUUGAGGCAAAUUUUACGUAAAGAGAGCAUUUAUUGUGUUUUGAAACAUUAAUUGUGAAAUGCGAAUUUUCAACUUAUUAUUUUGUUUUGUUUCUUUUAUUUUCCAGUUACUGGAAAUUCCAAAUUUGGGAACUUUUGAUACAAUAUUGUGAAAACACUGUAUUUUCGACUGAAAAAAAAAUUCCACUUUCUUCAUCUUGUUUUUUUAGCUAAAAAAAAUGAAGAGGGACUGUUAAAAUACAAUGUAUGAUACCAUGACAGAAAAAAAGAAUCUUUCCUGAAAUGUCUUUGUAAAAGUAUUAUUGAAUUUUUAAUUUGUAAUUUCUCUUGGACAUGACCAUGCUCGAAUAAAAGUAGCCAAAUUAAAGAACAAAAA